AGGGUGAGGUGCAAUCAGAGCGGGAAGAUGCGGUUUACGGUGAGAGGGAGCUCGUUCUUCUACGAGGUUCUGAUCACGAACGUCGGCUUUGACGGGAUGGUGGCGGAGGUGAAGGUGAAGGGGAGGAGAAGUGGUUGGAUACCAAUGGGGAGGAAUUGGGGACAGAACUGGCACUGCAAUGCAGAUUUGAGUGGCCAACCCCUUUCCUUUGAGGUUACUGGAAGCAGUGGAAGAAGAGUUACUUCUUACAAUAUAGCCCCUCCCAAUUGGAGAUUUGGACAGACCUUUGAAGGGAAGCAGUUUGAAGGUUAGUUAUAUAAAAGAUUGGAGCUUUUUGUUUUAUUCAGGAAAAUUUUUGGGGGAUGAGUUUACAGUUUUGUGAGGAAACUGUUGAUGUUUCAAUUAAUAGUUUUGUUACAUGAAUCCUAGAGGCAUUUACAUACACACCACACAGUUUUUAUGUAUUUGCAUAUCUAACAACUAAGCAUCCAUAUUUACAUGCAUACCGCUCAAAGUUUGAACAUGGAGUCAAAAAUAUCAUCAUUGCUAUUCUUUGUCAUAGCGAACUACAUAUAUUUAUGCAUGUGUUUAUGAAACUA